AUGUUGGAGACUGCCGGAAGAUCAUUGGACUCGGGUGCGUCUGCUUCCGUUAAGGGCCUGGCAGCCACUUUGCCGGGCCGCCGUGACGAUGGCUUCUGGGAGGACUUGUUGCAAAAGAAAGAUUCCGUCAUUGAGGUCCCAUUUGCCCGUUGGGAGCACGAUGUUUACUACAGCUCAGACACAGAAGCUCCUGGAAAGACGUAUGCCCAGCAUGGUGGCUUCAUCGAAGGUGCCGAGCUAUUCGAUCCCUCUAUUUUCGCCCUCUCGAUGGCAGAGGCUGCAGCCAUAGACCCGCAGCAGCGCCUCUUGCUCGAGGCAGCACAGACGGCCUUCCAGUCUGCCGGACGUGAGCCCGAGCAGCUCAUGGAGUCCUGCGUUGGGGUCUUCGUGGGCCAAUGCCAAUAUGACUGGUUCGUGAUGAUUUCAGCCGGAGACCAGUUCAACCCAUACACUGGCACGGGUAUGUCAGCUUCAAUCAGUGCAAACCGCAUUUCGUACGUUUUUGGACUGAAGGGACGAAGUCUGACAUGCGACACUGCCUGUUCGUCUUCCCUGGUGGCUGCCGAUGCAGCGCUGUCUUCUCUACGUCGCAGAACUGCAGAGGGAGCAUUGGCUGCUGGAACGAAUCUCAUUCUUGGCCCUGCUCCUUACAUUGCCUUUAGCCAGGCGAAGAUGCUUUCGAAGCAUGGCCGCUGUUUCACCUUUGACAAGUCAGCAAAUGGUUUUGCUCGCGGAGAAGGUGUUGGAUGCAUUUUCUUAUGUAUGGCAGAUGAGGAGACUAGCAGGGGGCCAGUGGGGCCUUCUGCAGCCAGAGCCUUGAUCCGGGGCACUGCGGUUAACCAGGACGGACGUUCUGCAUCACUGACAGCGCCCAACGGCCCAUGCCAGCAGGUAGCUGUGCGAGGUGCACUUUCGGAGGCUUCGGCCAGGCCCAGCGAGGUGUCUCUUGUGGAAUGCCAUGGCACUGGCACUGCCCUUGGGGAUCCUAUUGAAGUGGAUGCCCUCAAGACUGUGCUGGGCAACGACUCCCCUGUAGCCCUUGGGGCCGCCAAGACUAACAUUGCGCACCUGGAAGGUUCUGCAGGUAUUGCUGGUCUCCUCAAAAGUGUCCACAUGUUGGAGAAAAGGCAGGUUCCAUCUAACCUACACUUCCAAAGCUUGAACCCCCAUAUCGACCUGGAGGACUUCCAGGCUCAGAUUCCUUUGGAGCUGUACCGGCUGCCUGGGGGAGCUGUUGUCUCAGGCCUCUCCUCGUUUGGAUUUGGUGGCACAAAUGCGCACGUUACCUGUUGCAGCACCGGGCGAGACAGUGAUCAGACAGCCAGUUCCAUCACAUUCAGGCAUGCCUCCUUCCCUUGGUGCAAGACCUCCUAUCGUUGCCUACGACGGAAGAUUGCAGAUGGUAGCACAGUUCAAUAUGAGUGUGCCAUCAAGGCAGACCUGUUCAAGGUUUGUGCGGAGCAUGUGGUUUUCAACCAGAUCGUCGUACCAGGAGUGGUUUAUGUGGAGCAUGCAAUGGAGGCUAUGAAAACAGUUAUCGGCAGUGACGGAUAUCUAGAGGAUCUGGCAAUGACUUGGCCCCUCAUCAUUCCAAAGCAUACAGAUGAGCCAACGGCACUUGCAGUCUUCCUGCGCUUUUGUCAGAUGGGUGACAAGUUCGAGAUGCGCAGUGUUCGUGGGGAGAGCACAGAGAUGAUGACCCAUUGUGAAGGGCGGCUUGGCCGUGGCCUGGCAGAGCCAAGCACACUUGACUUGGAGGACAUGUACGAAGCUAUCCAAAAGGCUGGUCUCUGGCUCGGGCCCCGCUUUCAGGCUGGAUCUGAUCUAACAUUCACGAACCAGGCCCCGGCCUGUAUAACAAGAAGUCCCUGGAACCAUCCAUGA